UUUUACGUCAGCACCUACAAUUAUUUUUUUAUGUCUUAUAUUAUGUCUUCUUUGUUUUCCAAUUCGACUUCCAUUGACUCUGGUGUGGAUGAUCUGCAAAAUCCCAAGUUCGAUUACACUGGAAAUUUCGACGAGGAAGGUUUCCGUGAUAGAUAUGGCUGCCAGACUUGGGACCAACCGUUCAAACACAAAUAUGCGGGUAAUUUCCUAUACAACAACAUGCACAAUAAGGGAUUCUAUUUCAUAAAACAUGAAGACGGUCAGUCAUUUUUCGAUGGUCAAUUCUACAACAAUAAACUCGAGGGUUAUGGCCAGAUUUUGUAUAAUGAUGGAAGAGUCCAUGAAGGCCUCUUCAAGGAUAACAGGAAGUUUGGUCCAGGAGUUCUGACGUAUCCAGAUGAAACUCAAGAUGUUGGUUUAUGGAAUGGCAAUCAUUUGAUACGACUUAGCAUUUCUUUGAGUUCAGAUGUUGUUUCCACUCUAUCUAACAGUGCUUCAGGUAGGAUCAAAUUGCUGAGAUUCAAAAAAAUCGUACCUGCAUUACCUCAGAAGAAAGACGUUGCUAAAGGGAUGCUGAGCGGACUCACCAGCGAUGAAUCUUUGGUUAAUAGAUAUCCAGAAUUGUAUAACCAUCACGUAAGAAAUGAAAACUCACUGUUUUUCGACCGUAACCUCUAUGAUCACGCUCAGUUAGGUUCUGAAGACACUCUCAUUGACGUCUUAGAAGAUGAAGCCUUCGUAGAUGGUGUUUCUGAGGCUAACGACGCUGAAGACGCCGGUUUUCCUUGCGCUACUGAGAGAUGCGUCUAUGUCACGAAGCAGAUUGACGAGCUGCAUACAGAACUGAAAAAAAUCCACGCGAUAAAGAGAAAGUACGAAAAACAACUGGAAAGUUGUAAAAAAUGCUGCAAAAUCGCAGUUACUUCACUUUGCAACGAUCCAAAUCCGGUAAACUCAUCAACGUCAACUGAUUACUUGGACAUGGAUGUAAAAUAUCCUUCCAGAGCUAGUAACUACGUGGAAAGUAACACCUCUCACAAACCGGUAGUGGAGAAAAAUUUGGAUCAGAUGAGAAUGCAGUCGAGUAUUGUUGAUGACAUGGUUUUGAGUGGUGGAAGUUCUAGAAAUAAGAUCCUGCCGCCAAGUAAAGAGAGUAUCAACAAGAUUUACAUCAAUACCCAACCAUUUCAUAGCGAUCCUUCUAUUCAUGGCAGCGAUCAGGAAAAAUUUCCUUCUGAAUCCAUCGAAAAAUUUACCUGCAUAUGUCUAGAUGAAGAAAUACCAAACGCAGAUUUUCUGAUGGAGCAGAUCGCAAGCUUGGACAAAAAGGAGAAAUUCUAUCAAAAAAUCAUCACGUUUUUGAAUGAAACCCUCUUCAAAGAAUUCUCUAAUGUGAAUGAAUCGACUUCGUCGAAAGUUGUUAAGCUGCAAGUCGAAGAUUUGCUCACGUGGAACAAUGGAAAAACAGCCAUUGAAAUACUUCAGCAUGCCUUCAGAUACAGGAACUUCGAGAAGAUUCUCAGUUUCAACAUUAAAUCUUUACUAAUAGGAGACAGAUCUUCAUUUGGAAAAUUGGGCACUAUCGAGUCUACUUCUAUAAAUUUCUUGAAACAUUGUCUGGGCAACAAACUUGAUGAAGUUCGUAGAGAUCUGUUUUACAACAACGUAUACCCUGAUUUGUCUGAUGCUAGAGGUAACACUGGACUUCAUCUGGCCUGUUCAGGAGACUGUCACGAAAUCAUAAGACAGUUGGCUAACGUCGGAGCAAACUUAGAUGCUUUCAACGACGAAUGCUUAACUCCACUUACUCUCACUCUCCUGAGAUAUCUCGCUAAGAUAAAAGGAAUCCUUAUUUGGGAAAAAGCUUUUUUGCCCGAAACUGUUUUGAGCUCCAGAGAACUAGAUCAGGUAACUCAGUGGAGACCACACGAAUCCCUAGUAAGUAUAAGAGAAUUCGUCGGAUCCAUGCCUCAUAUACCAAUAUCUGGUAAGCGCUCCUCAACUGAAGAAUUGAAAAAGAUAUCGGAAGAAAUGUCAACAAAGAUACGAAGUCAUCUUCAGUCAAUCAAGAGCAACUCGCUUACUAUGAAAUCGAAUAUAAACUACUUGUUUUCUACAUCUUUCAUCGAAGAUUACGAGAAGUACAAGAAGGUUGUCGGUGCAAAAAAGGUGGAAGAUGUAGAGGGGAAGGAAGUCGAGUCAAUAAUGCAGACCAUAGAACUCUUGCUCCACUAUGGUGCGGAUCCAAACGUUGGAGAUCUACCCAUGAAACCAAUACUUUUGACAAUCUUCAGCAAGAACUUGCAACUAUUAGAUAAGCUGUUACAACAUUCAGCAAACCCUAACAUUGUAACUGAAGAUAAUCUAUCAGCUUUGCACAUCUUAGCCAGCCUACCUUUUAGUCAACCAAACGUUCAGAUGGCUGAGAAGUUUCUUGAGAAUUCGACAGAUCCUAACCUGAAAUCUCCAAAUGAUUUCUGGUACGAUCAAAAUGAGGAAUUGAUAGGUAAAUACGUGAGUCCGGAUGUAGAGGACUGUGUUGGAAAGACUGCCAUUCAGAUGGUGGUGAUGCGUAAGGAUUAUGAUGACGAAAAUGUGUUCUUCCAGUGCGAUUUGGCUAGGGUUCUGAUGGAAUACGGCUCUAUAUACGACCAGUACUAUUUAGGACAUACAAUUCUUUCUCUUGCAGUGUUGAGAGGAAAUCUUAAGCUGAUUGAGACCCUUCGUCCUUACUUACAAAUUGAACAACACCUAGGGGAAAACAUGGGCAACGCUCUAACUGUAUUAGGACUCAACAGAUUCCCAGUCGUAAAGCAGUUCGAUGCCUGCAAGAGCAUCAUCGACAAACUGAUCUCUUUGGGAUCGAAUCCAUUCGAUUCAGUCUAUAACUUCUCGAAUAUUUUCGAGUUUUUCCUUUUCGACUCUUCAAUCUGUGUUGACUACGAUAUACCCAGAAUUCGAAAUGACUUAGAAGCCAAUGAUGCCUUAUUCCGAAAAACUUUGUUCUCAAAUAGUUAUAACAUCAUGAAAGAUUGCAAUAAGUUGUGUGUCGCGUAUUUGCGAGAAGUUGGACGUGAAAUUUUAAUGACGCUGUAUCAGUGUCAAGCAAUGCACAUUCUGCUUCUAUUCGCAUCUGAAGAUCUUUUGUGUCAUAAGUGUUUGGACAGUAUGGCCAGGUUCUUCACCGUUCAAGAGGCUCUAGAUUGCCUGAAGUUCCACAUUAAACAAAAUAGGAUGACCGUAGAUGCGAAGAACGAGGAAACUAUACUUAAAGUGUUGAAUUUCGUAAAGGACAAAGCUCCCAAGGGCAAUUAUUCUUUGCAAAGGGAACAACCAAAAGCUUCUGAACCUCCUUUGACACUAGAAGAAGAGGUUAAGAAACUCGGUAAACAUUUCGAGGUACCAAAUUACAUUGUUAUGUAUGCAUUGGAUAACGAUCCAGAAAAGUAUGAGGUUUGCUAUCAUUGCUUGAGAAAAUCAGAUAAGAAGCUGCUGUGCUGUCCCUGUUGCGGUUCAGUCAAAUUCUGUUCAGAAAUGUGCAAUAAAUACAACAAUAAACUCAAUACGAGACAUACCUGCAAUCUUCUUUUCUACGACGAGAUGCGAGAAGCUUUUGAGAAACCCAAAGACGAGUUCCCACCUACUGGUAUAGACUUACUGAUGUUAGAAGCCAAGCAGACUAGGGAAGAAGAACGGCAAGCUCAACUUCAACGCAGACAGGUAGAAGAAGAGGAAAAACUGAAAAAGCAACUGCGUAAAUCACAGAAAAUGGAUUCUCAAACAAUACUUCGAGAACAAUCUCGUUCUAGGUCGCUGAUCGAAAAAUCAACGUCGGUAUGUUUUCUAGAAGUGAAGAAAAAACCUUCAAAGAAGAUGUCGAAGAAGAUGGUGUGUUGUAAGCUUCCUUCAGAGAUUUUCGUUUGUGAUGAGACAGAGCAGCUGCAACCCAGAAAGCUUGAUUGUGGAUUUCAUUGUGGCCAAGUGAUACCAGAUGUUCAGCUUGAUAAUGAGGGCAACAUUGUACGCGAAAAGGAAUUCUGCGAAUGUUAUCCUUUGUUAAAAAAAGAAUCGAUGAAAGGGGAUGAUAUAAUUAAGGGUAUUGUGCCAACAGGACAUCGUGAAGAUGGGGAUCGAGCUUCCGCAUACAGUCUCAGUCAAAUAUUCGGCGGGGCAUUCGAAGAAACGAAAAUGAAAGAAUAUGAAGAGCUCGAUAAACUUUUUGACUCUUUCGCGAAAGAAGAGAAACAAAAAAGUCUUGUAGAUGAACAGACCGAAAAAGAAGGUGUAGAUGCUCAGAAAGAGGAAUCAAUUCAUGAAAUAUACGAAGCAGACAAAUCUAAACAUAAACAGAAGAAAUUGAAGUCGGAAAGUGAUAUAAACACGAAAAAAGGAAAACUUGGGAAACAAGAAUCGAAGCUUGGGAAACCUUCGAAGGAAAAAAUAAAGAAGGAAAAAGAGCCCUCUGAAAUACUCAAAACGAAAGACGAAACUGGAGGAAAGGAAAAAACAGAAGAAGAUGCUAAAAAGUUGCCGAAAAAAGAAAAAAGUGAUACCGAUAAGAAGAAAAAGGAAAAAGAAACGAAAGAAGAGAAAGAAAAGAAAGAAGGGAAAGGAAAGAAAGAAGAAGGAGACGAGGGCAAGACUUCAACUCCGAAAAAAACUAAAGAUAAAGCUGCAGAUUCGAAAAAGAAGCCAAAAAGUGAAUCAUCUUUACUCGACGAUAAAACAAAGAAAAAGAAGAAAGGGGAAAAGAAAGAAACUAAGUCAGAGAGUAAACUGGACUCCGAAAAGGCAGAGAAAAAGAAAAAGGGGAAGGAAGAUAAAAGUGUUGGCGAUUCUGCAAAACAAGACAAAAAGACGAUGACGAAGAAAGAAGAAAAGAAAAAGACGAAAAAAAAGCACGAAGGAGUUCAAGCUGAUGUUACAGAUAAGGAGAAGAAAUCUAAAGAGAGCUCAAAAUCAAGUAAAGCUGAUAAAAAAAAGAAGACUCCAAAAGAAAAGGAGGAGAAGGUUGCGAAAAAGGGGAAGAAAAAACCAGGAUCAGCCAAAAAGGAACCUAAAAAAGGUAAAGAAAAGGAAGAUAAGAAAACCAAGAAGGAAACUAAAAAACGACCGAAAAGUAAAAAGUCAGAAAAACGCGAAAAAAUGAAAGAGAAAAAGAAGGAAACUAAAAGUAAAACAACGACCAAAACAACGAAAUCUGAUAGAACCAAAAAGGAAAUAGGAAAAUCUCUGACAACUCUUAAAAUGCUCGAUACAAGUUUAAUGAGUUCUGGGAAAAUGAUUGCCUUGAGCACAACCAAUUAUGAAGAUUUCAAGAGGAUUUCGAAGGUUUAUCAAUAUUUCCUGGAAUUGAUAGUGAAAUAUUUCCCAGAUUUCGAUCUGAGCUGUUUGAUGCUUCCAUUCGCAUGUUUCAUGGAUGGACAGUUAUAUUAUAAGUUCGCCGAUGCCCUACCCUAUUACUGCAAGACUUAUAGCACCAUAUGAUUCGGUUUUUUUAUGCUGAUGUUGUUCAACAUAAUGUACAUUCCGAGUCGAUUAAAUAAUUUGGAAGUA